AUUGUUGAAAUAACUGUACUUCCCCUUCGAACUUUGAGAUCCCCAUCCCUCCGAUCUCACAAGAAUAAAGUCAUAAACUGAAGCGGAGAGUGUUUUCUUGUCACCAAUGGAGUUUCUCAGCUUCGCUGUCGCGGCCGGUGGAUUCAUUCUAAUUGGGGCUCAUGAAGCUUUCAACGCUACCAUUUCUAACUCCACCCACAUCCAUAGUCCUUCUCCCCUUUCAACCACAACAUCUUCUAAAUCGAAUUCUCAAAUUAAGAAAACCCCUGCUCCAUCCUCUCUUUCUUUCCUCUUUGUCUCCGUCUUUUCCUUUUUCGCCAUCGUAAACUCCCUGGUAUCACUCGUGGACGCUCAAAUCUCCCAUGACCCUGUCGGAUCAGCCCUUCAAUGGCAAGUGUUAGCCGUUGCUUUGAUUUUCCUAUUGUACUCCGUCCUUGGUCUUAUGGUCCAUGUCUCAAGUUCUUUAUAUUUGCCUUCCUCGUUGCUUGGCUUGGUCGGGGCUUUUGCUUUUGUGGAAGAAUUUUUGUUGUUUUACCUUCAGAGGAAAGACCCCAGCGGAGUAGAAAACCGUUAUUAUGAUCUGUUGCUGGUGCCCAUCGCCGUCUGUGUAUUCUCUACGAUCUGUGAAUUUCAUUCCCCGACAUCGAAUCUGCCGAGACUGACUCGUGGGUUUGGAUUGAUUUUACAAGGAACGUGGUUUCUUCAAAUGGGUUUGUCGUUUUUCACUAGUUGGAUGGCUCAUGGCUGUUCCGUGCGCCAAGUGAGCAGAGGAAAUUACACUUUAUGGUGUAAGGGACACCCUGAAUUUCACAGAGGUAGAGCAAUCGCCACGCUUCAAUUCAACUGCCAUCUUGCUCUCAUGGUGGCACUGUUUGUUGGGUUUUUCUCAACAAUCUCUUGGAAAAAUGGAAUUCCCGUGGAUUCUACGCAAUAUAGGCCCAUCGGAUCGGAAAUGCAGUCUUUCCAAAAUUCGGCUCAGUUCACUUUGGAUUCUGACGGCGAUAGCGACGAAGAGAUUAAAGAAGACAAAUCAGCAAUGAAGAAGUCGAUUGUGGUUGAAUCGGGCAUGAAUGGUUUCGGCUCUCACCAUUGAGUUUGAUCUAUCAGAUUAGAGGUGGUGAAUGAAUCGAUGAAUCAUAUGAUUCUAGUAGAACUGUCCUCCUUUUUGAUGUUGGCAGGAUAAUAAAAUCACUUUGUAUAAAUGAAUUUAUAUUUUAUAUCUGUGUUGCUGGCA